CAAGCGCAGGCGUCGCUCCAGGCGGCGCUGGACGACGGCGUCGAGCUCUUGGAGAUUCAGUUCCCGAGCGGCGGCCUCGACACCGCGCCCGGGGACGUCGAGGGAAACGUGGAGAACAACCUCACGGUCGCGCACUUGCGAGGGAUAUGCUCGCAGUUCGAGAGAAACGGCACCGCGAAGACGACGCGGGUGUUCUUCCCGGAUCCGAUCGAACGCUCGCUCGCGCUCACGGGCGCGGCGCCUUCGCCCGACGGCUUCGCGUCGUUCCCCGGGCCGAUCGAUUACCUCGAGCAGCCGGACUUCUUGUCCGUGUCCGGGUUGGAUAAGAUGCUGGGCACGCGGAAGACGGUCGCGAUGCGCGUGCCGGAGAGCGACACCGCGUUCGUCGUCGCGUAUCCGUGCACCAACGUGAGCGAGCUCGUGUGCACGCGAGAACUCCGCGAGGGCGAGUUGGCCCGCGCCGGCCCGGCGCGGCCGAUCGUGAUGUGCAACGGCGAGCUCGAGCGCACGAGGAGCGAGUACUACCCGUCGUUCUGGAACGUCGGGGAGAUGAAGCCUUUGCGGGGGUUCGCGAGGGAGUUCGAGGGCGUGUAUUUCGUGCACAACUACAAAGGGAGCAACCCCGCGGUGCUGUUCCGAGCGUAUCCGGGGCCGUGGCAGGUGCUCAGGCGACGUCGCGACACGGACACGUACGACAUCGUGUACACGUGCGAGGAGUACCCCGGGCUGCAGAAGGUCGCGCUCGACAUCUUGCCG